GCCUUUCUUGCCCUAGGGACCCGCCCCUCAGCUUGCCCCUCAGCCUGAGGGCUCUUUCUCGGGGCUUCCCAGCUCCCCGAGGCCCCCCCUCCCCGCGCUGAGGGGCGGAAGGGAACGAACUUUCGGGGCGGGGCCAGAUCGCUCUUUCGCUGCUCUCCGAACCCGGCCAGGCGCUCGGGUGGGACGCUGCAGGGGCAGCGCCCAGCGGCCCGUGGUCGGCCACGUCCCGGGCUCCGGGGCUCCCGGGCUCCCGCGCUCCCCUUCUGGCUCCGCGCCGGGAGGCUAGCGCCAGGGAGGCGGCACUCCUAUCCGGCCCGCCGGCCCUGAUCACGCGGGGCCGCGGGCGCUGGGUAGAGGGAGCUCGCUGGUGAAGGAAGGUGGGCGGUGGGAGGAGCGUGGGCAGACUGGACGGGACGGGCCUGGGCGGGGCGGGCCGCGCCGGGCCUGGCCGGGCUCGGGAGAGGGGCUGAACUGAGCAGAGAGGGCCAGAUCGCGGAGCCGCUGGUCGGGGCCCCACAGCACCAAUGCUGCUGACGCUGGCCUGCGGCUCGCUUUUCUACCCCGGCUUCUUCGUGCUCUGCGCCUGGAGGCUGCACCAGAAGCUUCCCCAAUGGCCCGUCAUCGACUGUUUGACGUUCAGCAACAGGCUCGUUUCCUCAAUCCAGGCUGUCCUGGCCACUGUCUCCGGGUUCACCGUCAUUUUGAACUGCAAAGAUGUGAUUACAGACAGGCACUGGCUCGCUCGAGAAUAUAUAUGGGCUUUGAUUCCAUACAUGACCUACGACCUAGGUGCGAUGUACAUUUGCUACUGGUACCGAUAUAGAGGCGAGGAUAAGAAACACACUCUUGCCAUUUUUAGGAACUUCAUCAAGCACGACCGCCUCAUGCUCAUGCACCAUAUUUUCAUUCUGGUUGUUCUUGUACCCAUUACACAGGUACUAAGGGGAAAACGUGGCGACUUCUUUGUAGGCUGUAUCUUCACAGCAGAAUUCAGUACUCCAUUUGUGUCCCUGGGCAGGAUUCUGAUCUUGUUAAAGCAGCAGCACACACUUGUGUACAAAGUGAACGGAUUCCUGACCCUGGGGACCUUCUUUACCUGUCGCAUCCUCCUCUUCCCUUUUAUGUACUGGUCCUACGGCCGACAGAUAGGGGUGUCCUUCCUGCAGUCACCAUUCCACAUACCCUUCAUGUGCAACGUGAUCAAUGCUGUCCUCAUCGCGCCCCAACUCUACUGGUUUUCUCUGCUCUGCAGGAAGGCAGCCCAGAUGUUUGACAAUUCCCAAGCCAAAAAGGACAGUUAGUAGAGAUGUGAUCCAGAGCAUUUGGAGGAAGGUGUGGCCCCCCACACCACCUGUUUCCUCCACAUUCCAUGGACCUUUCAGACCCUGGAUGGCCUGUUCUGUGGACAUCAAUAAUAGGGAGGUGGAUGGGUCUUAUAAGGAGCAAUCACAUUUCCUCCCCAAUCUGCCUUUGUACAGAAGCACAUUUUCAUGGGUAACAA